AUGCCCCGCCUCCGUGACCACCUGGCUUCCCUAGGCGACCGCAUUCUAGGCGAAUCCCAGGACGACGACCGGCGAUGGCGCAUGCCAGACGAAUGCCACCCACACCGACGCACAUGGAUGGCAUUCGGUGCCAGCAAAAGUAUCUGGGGUCGGGACCUGCUGCCGACCGUGCAGCAGAACUUGGCCCUCAUCGCACAGACGAUUGCGCACUUUGAGCCAGUGACAAUGCUCGUGCGUCCCGAGGAACUCGACCUCGCCCAGUGUCUUGUCGGCCCCACAGUCGAGCUCGUCACUGCUCCCCUGGACGAUCUGUGGAUGCGCGACACUGGCCCCGUGUUCGUGUACCCCGCCGCAGGAAGCGGGAGCAAGGCCGGUGUCAACUUCAACUUCAACGGCUGGGGUGAGAAGCAAGCGCACAAGCGGGACGCUGGUGUCGCUGCCGUCGUCACCCACCGUGCUGGCGUGGAGAUGCUCGAGAGCGACCUUGUGGUCGAAGGCGGCAGCAUCGUGGUCGAUGGACAAGGCACGGCGUUCAUCUGCGAGAGCAGUGUGCUCAACAAGAACCGGAACCGGAAGUGGACCAAGAAGGAUGUGGAGGAGGAGCUGUUCUAUCUCUUGGGAGUGACAAAGACCAUCUGGCUCCCCGGUAUCAAGGGCAAGGAUAUCACGGACGGCCACUGCGAUUUCUACGUGACGUGUCCGCGACCAGGACUCGUCCUCGCCGCUUACGAUCCGGACCCCAAGUCGUUCGACCACAAGGUCACCAAGCAGCACCUGGACAUCCUGCGCAGCGCAACAGAUUCAGCGGGCAGGCGCCUCGAGGUCGUCGUUCUUGAAGCCCCCACCAAUGUGCGGCCCGCGUUUUCGCGUGAAGACGACUUCGCUGCUGGAUACAUCAACCAUUACGUGUGCAAUGGCGCCGUCAUUGCGCCCGAGUUUGGCGACGCUCGCGCCGACGACAACGCCAGAGCAGUGCUGCAGAGGGCAUACCCUGGCAGGCAAGUGGUCAUGAUCAAUAUCGACGGAGUGGCUGCAGGAGGUGGCGGAAUCCACUGCACUACGCAGCAGGAGCCUGUGUGA